UGCAUACAUUGUGUUUGUAUCCAAGGUACUUAAAAUCAUUAAAUCAGAGUGAGGAAACAAAAAAAAAUGAAUCCCUUUGGUGUGCCAAUAAGCAAUGAAACCUUGAAGGCAAUGUCAAGGUAUAAAGACAAAAGUAUAACACAAGAAGAUAGAGCAAGAGAAGCAAUUAGGUUAAUACACGCUGAAGACAAGAAUUUGAGUGCACUUAAACAUGCAUUGAAGCUCAAGUCUGAUUAUGGGAAUGGAGUUUCAACACUGUGUCUUCUUUACAACGCGACAGGUGACACCCUGGAGCUUGUCCAAGACCAGAAACAAGAUUGGUUAGGUUAUAUUUAUAAGGAGGAACCACCAAGUUCCUUUGAGAACGGCCAGUGGCUCGCUUUCCUCCAUGCCCACCCUACAUCUCAAGCUUAUGGUUCAGAAGCUGCUAGGGUGUACCGUGGCAAGAAUGUUAAGGGAGAUGUUCGUGAUUUCUUAGUUGCUUGGUCUACCCCAUGGGGUUCCACCCAAAACUCUGCUUACACUGAGGUCCGUGAGAAAGAUCACUUUCCACAAUAUUGGGAUUACAUCAAAGUGAGUAAGCUUGAAAAUGCUAAUAAAAUAACAAAGGAUGAGAGCGACGAAUACUGUGCAUCAACAGUGAGUAUUGGCGGCAUCACUUCGCCAGAAUUUAUUGCAGUACUCAAGCACAAAUUUAGCCCAUUGCCAUGAACUUGGCUGAUUAAGCUGCCUAACAGCAUUAAGAAUAAUAAGUAUAUUUAUCAUUCGCCUGUUCGGUAUUAUGUCAUCAAUUUGCUUCUUUCCUUUAUAUGCUUUGUUUUGGUGAGUAUAAGAGUUGAAUAAAAUAUGGCUGAGACUUUCUCAUCUUCUGUA